AUGUCGCAUUCUGGAUACGUGUACUGGACAUAUUUUGUUUGGUUGGAAUGUUUUCUAAUACUAGCGUUCAAUGGGCUAGCGAUCUCUGCCGUGUUAAGAAACGGAAAUUUACGCAGGCAAACCGUCAACAUAUAUCUACUAUGCUUACUUAGCACACAUUUUAUGCUGGGUCUGUGGGGAAUGACAGAGGCUGUGUUGUUUAGUGCAACACAGAAGCAUUCUUCGGAAUAUAAACCUACGGCUGCACGUCGUAUUAGUACAAUGUUAUACAUCUCUAUACAAUGUUGUACAUUCUCUGCCUUGGUGUUGGUCACUAUGGAUAGAUACAUAGCCGUUCAUCGACCACUUUCAUACCAGAAGUUGUCUGCACGCUUUAUCGUAGGAUCCAUUAUCAUAGCAGUCAUUCCUGCCGCAUUUUUUGGAGGGAUCUCUGUUCUUACGGAACUGAGUCGGUUGGUGUCUGCCUUGUUUUGUGCAGUCACAUUUAUCGGCGGCUUAUUCGUUACAUUCGUAAAUGUAACAGCGUAUCUUGUAGCGAGAAGGCAUUUUCGAAACAUCAUGAAAAACUGUGUGGGUAACGGCUGUGGAAGCAGUAAUGUGGCAAAUAGCUUGAUACUUCAACGUCGACAGAGAUCGCUGAUCGUCACUUUGGUACUUGUUUUAACUUUCUUCAUAGCGUGGACACCUAGCUUCGUCAACUUGGCUGUCGCAGCGACAGGAAGAAAAAUUUCAAGAUCGACCGUUGUAGUUUCAUUUGCAUUACUUUUGUUCAAUUCUUGUGUCGAUCCGUUAGUUUACGCGCUUUUGAACGUUGGUUUACGACGUGAACUGAUGAAGAUGGUUCGAGUUUGGAAACAUAAAGUGUCGCCUUUACACGCAAAAGAAACCAAAAAUGCUCAACCUACGGGUAGUGUCCAAUUGGAAUGA